AUGCACCUCGGCUAUUCGACGGCGCGUCACCUCCCGGACCCGCCUGCCAGUGCCUGGCUAGUGGCUGCUUCUCUCUGCUUUACCGGCAGCGACGGGGUUGGUGGUCCUGGAGAGUUGCGUCCGCAAAACGCCUUCCCCCUGCCGCAGUGGGAGAUGGAAGAGAGAUUGACGGAUGCCAGAUGGAUACGGAGCAGGUGCUGCCAGUAAAGCGUGGCCGAGGAUGGCGGAGGGGGGCGAGGGAGAGGAGGAGAUCCAGUUCCUGCGAACGGAUGACCAGGUGGUUCUACAGUGCACCGCCUCCAUCCUGAAGGAGCAGCAGAUUAAGCUUUGUCUGUCCUGUGAGGGAUUCGGAAACCGUCUCUGCUUCCUGGAAACCACCUCCAACGCCCAGAAAGUGCCUCCAGAUUUGGCAAUAUGCAACUUCAUUCUGGAGCAAUCGUUGUCAGUGCGUGCCUUGCAGGAGAUGCUGGCCAACACGGUGGAGAUGACCGAGGCAGUCGAUUUGGACAAAUGGUCGUCGCAAGGUGGCGGCCAUCGCACCUUGUUGUACGGCCACGCCAUCCUCCUCAGGCACAACCACUCAGGCAUGUACCUGAGCUGUUUGACCACAUCUCGCUCGCUCACAGACAAGCUGGCCUUCGACGUGGGGUUGCAAGAAGAUUCUACUGGCGAGGCGUGUUGGUGGACUAUUCAUCCUGCCUCCAAGCAGAGGUCAGAAGGUGAAAAGGUCAGAGUCGGUGACGACCUCAUCCUUGUCAGCGUGUCCUCUGAGAGAUACCUGCACUUGUCCUACGCCAGUGGAGAUCUGAUGGUGGACGCCUCCUUCAUGCAGACUCUGUGGAAUAUGAAUCCUAUUAGCUCAGGAUGUGAACUAGCUGAAGGAUUCCUGACGGGCGGUCACGUGCUCCGGCUGUUCCACGGUCACAUGGAUGAGUGUCUGACCAUUGCCACACCAGAAGAAGGAGAGGAAAAGCGCAGAAUGGCUCACUAUGAAGGCGGUGCCGUUUGCAGCCAGGCUCGUUCCUUGUGGAGGUUGGAGCCUUUGCGCAUCAGUUGGAGUGGCAGCCAUUUUAAGUGGGGGCAAGCAUUCCGCAUCCGCCAUAUCACCACAGGGCGUUACCUGGGUCUGGAUGAGGAAAAGGGCUUGUUGGUAGUGGACUCGGACAAAGCUAACACCAAAAUGUCUGCUUUCUGCUUCCGUGCGUCAAAGGAGAAGGUGGACGUGGCUCACAAGCGAGAUGUAGAAGGGAUGGGCAUCCCGGAAAUUAAGUACGGAGAGUCCAUGUGCUUCGUACAACACGUUUCCACAGGCCUGUGGCUCACGUACGCCGCGCUGGACGCCAAAGCUGCUCGUCUUGGAAUGAUGAAGAGGAAGGUCAUCCUGCACCAAGAAGGCCAUAUGGAUGACGCCCUCACUGUGUCCCGCUCCCAGACAGAGGAGUCUCAAGCCGCUCGUAUGAUUUAUAGCACCAUGGGUCUCUUCAGGCAGUUCAUCAAGGGUUUGGACUCUCUGAGCGGGAAAAACAAAUCGCCGGGGCCUGUGUCGCUUCCUCUGGAGGGCGUUAUCCUGUCCUUGCAGGAUCUUAUUUUCUACUUUCGCCCUCCCGAGGAGGAGCUGGAACAUGAGGAGAAGCAGACUAAGCUGCGAUCCCUCCGGAAUCGGCAGAAUCUCUUUCAAGAGGAGGGAAUGAUCACCAUCGUGUUGGAAUGCAUCGACCGGCUCAACGUGUACAACACGGCGGCGCACUUUUCAGAAUUCGCAGGCGAGGAAGCAGCAGAGUCUUGGAAGGAGAUUGUCAACCUCCUCUACGAGUUGCUGGCUUCACUAAUCAGGGGCAACCGCUCCAACUGCGCCUUGUUUUGCGACAACCUGGACUGGCUGGUCAGCAAACUGGACCGUUUGGAGGCCUCAUCAGGUAUUCUGGAGGUUCUGUACUGUGUGCUCAUUGAAAGCCCCGAGGUUCUAAAUAUCAUCCAAGAGAACCACAUCAAAUCCAUCAUCUCUCUCCUGGACAAACAUGGACGGAACCACAAGGUUCUCGAUGUUCUCCGCUCUCUCUGCGUGUGUAACGGUGUCGCUGUGAGGUCCAAUCAGAACCGCAUCACUGAGAACCUUCUUCCGGCUCGCGACUUACUACUGCAAACCAACAUUGUUAAUUACGUGACCAGCGUCCGGCCAAACAUUUUCUUGGGUACCUGCGAGGGCUCCACACAGUACAAAAAGUGGUACUACGAGAUGAUGGUGGACUACGUGGAACCCUUUGUGACAGCGCAGGCAUCACACCUACGUGUGGGCUGGGCCAUGACUGAAGGCUACAGCCCCUACCCUGGAGGCGGCGAGGGCUGGGGAGGCAACGGUGUUGGCGACGACCUCUAUUCGUACGGCUUUGACGGCCUCCACUUAUGGUCAGGUACUGUCGCACGCCAGGUGGCCUCACCCUCCGCACAUACUCUGGCCGCAGACGACGUUGUCAGUUGUUGUUUGGAUCUGAGCGUGCCCAGUAUCUCCUUCCGCAUCAACGGACACCCGGUUCAGGGCAUGUUUGAAAACUUCAACGUAGAUGCCCUCUUCUUCCCUGUCAUCAGUUUCUCAGCUGGCGUCAAAGCUCGUUUCCUGUUGGGGGGUCGCCACGGAGACUUCAAGUUCAUGCCCCCACCAGGCUACGCACCAUGCUAUGAAGCGCUGCUCCCCAGGGAAAGAAUGCGCAUCGAGCCAAUCAAAGAGUACAAGCACGACUUUGGCGGUGUGCGGAACCUGUUAGGGCCUACAUUGUCACUCACUCAUACAUCUUUUACGCCUUGUCCAGUGGACACAGUUCAGAUCGUAUUGCCGCCACAUCUUGAAAGAAUCCGAGAAAAACUAGCGGAGAAUAUUCAUGAGCUUUGGGCAAUCACCCGCAUCGAGCAAGGAUGGACUUAUGGAACGUUUAGAGACGACAACAAAAAACUUCAUCCCUGCUUGGUGGACUUCCAGAGUCUUCCUGAACCCGAGAGGAAUUACAACCUGCAGAUGUCUGGAGAGACUCUAAAAACUCUCCUGGCUCUGGGCUGUCAUGUCGGCAUGGGUGACGAGAAAGCAGAAGAAAACCUCAAGAAAAUCAAGCUACCAAAGACCUAUAUAAUGAGCAACGGCUACAAGCCCGCACCACUUGACCUAAACCACGUCAAGCUGACACCCAACCAGAACCAGCUUGUUGAAAAACUGGCAGAAAACGGACAUAAUGUUUGGGCGAGAGACCGUGUUCGGCAAGGGUGGACUUACAGCAUAGUGCAAGACAUCCUCAAUAAGCGAAACCCUCGUCUGGUGCCUUACAACCUGCUGGACGAGAGAACUAAGAAAACCAACAGGGACAGUGUCAACAACGCUGUCCGCACCCUCAUUGGCUACGGUUACAACAUUGAGCCUCCAGACCAAGAGAGCACCGGCCACGGCCUGGAGAACAUUCGCGGCGACAAGGUCCGACUCUUCCGUGCCGAGAGGUUGUAUGCCAUCACGCAAGGGAAGUGGUACUUUGAAUUCGAGGCCGUUACUACAGGGGAGAUGCGAGUGGGCUGGGCUCGGCCUAGCGUCCGCUCGGACACCGAAUUGGGAGCGGAUGAGCUAGCUUACGUCUUUAACGGUAAUAAGGCGCAAAGAUGGCACGUUGGCAACGAACCCUUCGGCCGCCAGUGGCAGUCUGGCGACGUGGUUGGCUGCAUGAUCGACUUGACCGAGAUGAACAUCAUGUUUACGCUCAACGGCGAAAUGCUGAUCAGCGACUCCGGCUCGGAAAUGGCUUUUAAAGAUAUUGAAAUCGGAGAAGGUUUCAUUCCAGUGUGCGCAUUGGGCCUGUCCCAGGUCGGAAGGAUUAAUCUCGGCCAGAACGUCAGCAGCCUGCGCUACUUUGCCAUUUGCGGCCUUCAAGAAGGCUUCGAGCCCUUCGCUAUUAACAUGAAACGAGACAUUACCAUGUGGUUCAGCAAAAGCCUGCCCCAGUUUGGUCCCGUCCCCGCUGACCACAACCACCUAGAGGUUUCCCGAGUAGAUGGGACCGUGGACAGCGCCCCCUGCCUGAAGCUGACCCACAAGACCUUCGGCUCGCAGAACGCCAACACCGACAUGAUGUUCCUCAGGCUCAGCAUGCCCGUCCAGUUCCACGAAACCUUCAAGAUCCCAGCGGGCACCACCUUGCUCACCCGUACGCUCACCAUACCCGAGGACGAAGUGGUGGUGGUGGAGCCCGACUCGGAGUUUGAGGUCUUGAAGAAGUCAGCCAGCCGCAAGGAGCAGGAAGAAGACAAGAAGGAGCCUUCAGUACCAAAGGAGAUCUCUGUAGAGAAUGAGAAGGACACCAUGUCAGAAAAGGGGAAAAAACGAGGAUUUUUCUUCAAAGCCAAAAAGGUCGCCAUGACACCUCUUGCCCCUCCUCCCGCACCUCCGACAGUACCUCGCUUGGUGGAAGACGUGGUCCCUGACGACCGAGAUGACCCUGAGAUUAUCCUAAACACCACCACUUAUUACUAUUCGAUUAGGAUUUUUGCGGGGCAGGAACCGACUGGCGUAUGGAUCGGUUGGGUUACCCCUGACUACCACCAGUUUGAUCCGAGUUUUGAUUUAUCAAAAGUGCGGAACGUCACUGUCACGGUGGGCGAUGACAAAGGAAACAUACAUGACAGUAUGAAGCACAGCAACUGUUACAUGGUUUGGGGAGGCGACCUGGUGAGCACUCAGCAGACCCGCUUCAGCCAGGAAGACAUGGUUGUGGGUUGCCUUGUGGACCUGGCCACGGGCCUCAUGACCUUCACAGCCAAUGGCAAGGAAAUUAACACCUUCUACCAGGUGGAACCCAACACCAAGCUGUUCCCUGCUGUUUUCAUCCAACCUUCCAGUCAAAACAUGGUCCAAUUGGAACUGGGAAAACUCAAGAACAUUAUGCCGAUCUCAGCCGCCAUGUUCCGUAGCGAGCGCAAAAACCCUGUGCCCCAGUGCCCCCCGAGGCUGGACGUCCAGAUGUUGACCCCGGUCAUCUGGAGUCGAAUGCCCAAUCGCUUUCUCAACCCCGAGGUGGGCAAAGUGAACGAGAAGCUGGGCUGGAUGGUGGAGUGCACCGAGCCGCUCAUCAUGAUGGCACUGCACAUCCCAGAGGAGAACAGGUGUAUCGACAUUCUGGAGCUGUCAGAGCGCCAAGAUCUGAUGAAGUUCCACUACCACACCCUCAUGCUAUACUGCGCCGUGUGCGCCCUUGGCAACAACCGGGUUGCCCACGCGCUGUGCAGCCACGUGGAUGAGUCGCAGUUGUUCUACGCCAUCGAAAACACCUACCUGCCAGGUCCGCUGCGCAGCGGCUACUACGACCUCCUCAUCAGCAUCCACCUGGAGUCGGCCAAGCGGGCACGUCUGGGUACCAACAAGGAGUUCAUCGUGCCCAUGACGGAGGACACGCUCAGCAUCAACCUCUAUCCAGAUGCCAAGAAAGCUCACUCCCUUCCCGGGGUGGGUCUCAACACCUGUUUGCGUCCCAAGCUGCAUUUCUCCUCCAUCAACUUUGUGGGAAUGGAUCCAGACCUCUAUACGCUCAGUCCCGUUUUUCCACUGCAGGAACUGAAGACCAGAGCUAUCAGCAUGCUAACGGAGGCCGUGCUGGACGGUAGCCAAGCCAUGCGCGAUCCAGUAGGAGGCAGCGUCGAGUUUCAUUUCGUUCCCAUCCUCAAACUGAUCAGCACGUUGCUCAUCAUGGGUAUCUUCAACGACGAAGACACCAAACACAUCCUGAAGAUGAUCGACCCCAACGUCUUCAGCGGGAAGGAAGAGAACGAGGAGGACGAGGGACAAGCCGCCACGGAGGAGGCGCAAGAGGAAGCUGACGAGGAGGCCGAACUGGAGGACGAGGGUGUGGGUGAGGAGGAAGAGGAGCUGAAAGCUCUGGAAAAAGUAGAAGAUGAAGAAGGCGAGGAAAAAGAGGAGGAGGAAAAGAAGGAAGGUGAAGACACCGGGGACAAAAAGGUGGACGGAGAGAAGCAAGAAGAAGAGAAGGAAGCGGAGAUGCUCGAGGCGGAGUUAAAAGAAGAAGAGGAGGGGCUUGAGGAGGGGUUGCUUCAGAUGAAGUUGCCAGAAUCUGUCAAACUACAGAUGUGCACACUCCUUCAGUAUUUCUGUGACUGUGAGCUGCGACACCGCGUGGAAGCCAUCGUGGCCUACUCGGACAACUUCGUGCACGAAAUUCAAAGCAACCAGCGCGUCCGCUACAACCAGCUGAUGACAGCUUUCACCAUGUCAGCAGCGGAAACCGCGCGAAAGACUCGGGAGUUCCGUUCGCCGCCGCAGGACCAGGUUCUUUUGCUGACCAAUUUCAAACACAGUCCCGAGGAUGAAGAUUGCCCUGUACCUGAGGAUGUGCGAGACACUCUGGGAGACUUUCACAAUGACCUCCUCCUUCACUGCGGUGUACAUAUUGAGGAGGAGACGGAGGAAGAGGAAGUGGUCACCUCGCUGAGUGGACGCCUUCUCAGCCUGGUGGAGAAAGUGAAGAGCUUGCGAAAAAAGGAAGAGGAGGAAAAACCUGAAGUGGAGGAGGAGCCAAAACCUAGCACCCUCCAGGAGCUGAUCUCCCACACCAUGAUCCACUGGGCCCAGGAAUCGUUCAUCCAGAACCCGGAGUUGGUGCGCCUGAUGUUCAGCCUGCUCCACAGGCAGUACGACGGGCUCGGAGAGUUGAUCCGGGCGCUACCCAAGGCCUACGCCAUCAAUGCCGUGUCCUACCAGGACACCAUGGAUCUGCUAGAGUGCCUUGGCCAGAUACGCUCGCUGCUCAUCGUUCAGAUGGGACCGGAGGAGGAGCGCCUCAUGAUCCAGAGCAUCGGAAACAUCAUGAACAACAAAGUGUUCUACCAGCACCCCAAUUUGAUGAGAGCUCUUGGUAUGCACGAGACAGUCAUGGAGGUGAUGGUCAACGUUUUGGGUGGGGGUGGAGACUCAAAGGAGAUCCGCUUCCCACAAAUGGUGACCAACUGCUGCCGCUUCCUUUGCUACUUCUGCCGAAUCAGUCGACAGAACCAGCGUUCCAUGUUUGACCAUCUCAGUUACUUGCUGCAGAAUAGUGGCAUCGGACUUGGCAUGCGUGGUUCGACUCCUCUAGACGUGGCAGCGGCUUCUUGCAUCGACAACAAUGAGCUGGCUUUAGCACUGCAGGAGCAGGACCUAGAAAUGGUAGUGACGUACUUGGCAGGCUGUGGCCUACAGAUGUGUCCCAUGCUGCUAUCCAAGGGUUACCCAGACAUUGGCUGGAAUCCAUGCGGAGGGGAAAGAUAUUUGGACUUCCUACGAUUUGCAGUUUUUGUGAAUGGUGAGAGCGUGGAAGAGAACGCCAAUGUGGUGGUGCGUCUUCUCAUCCGCCGGCCCGAGUGCUUUGGCCCGGCGCUCCGAGGAGAGGGUGGCAACGGUUUGCUGGCAGCCAUGGAGGAGGCGAUUAAGAUCUCAGAAGAUCCAGCAAGGGAUGGACCAACUGUCAAAAAAGACAGGCGCUUUAUGUUCGGUGGUGAAGAGCAGCAGGAGGAGAGUCGGGUGCACCUGGGAAACGCCAUCAUGUCAUUCUAUUCGGCCCUUAUAGAUCUGCUGGGCCGCUGCGCCCCAGAAAUGCACCUGAUCCAAGCAGCAAAGGGUGAAGCUCUAAGGAUCCGAGCCAUCUUGAGAUCGCUGGUUCCCAUUGAGGAUCUGGUGGGGGUCAUCAGCUUGCCAGUGCAGAUUCCUGCUCAUGGCAAAGACGGUCAGGUUGUCGAACCCAAGAUGUCUGCCAGCUUCGUACCUGACCACAAAGCUUCCAUGGUGCUCUUCCUGGACAGAGUGUAUGGUAUCGAGAACCAGGACUUCCUACUUCACGUGCUGGAGGUUGGCUUCUUGCCUGACAUGAGAGCUGCUGCAUCUCUGGACACCGUGGCCUUCAGCACCACCGAGAUGGCGCUGGCUUUGAACCGCUACCUCAGCUCGGCUGUUCUGCCUCUGCUCACCAAGUGCGCCCCUUUGUUCGCCGGCACUGACCACCGCGCCAUCAUGAUCGACUCUAUGCUCCACACCAUAUACCGGCUGUCCCGCGGCCGAGCCCUUACCAAAGCCCAGAGGGACGUGAUUGAGGAAUGCUUAAUGUCACUUUGCAAGUACCUCCGGCCAUCCAUGCUUCAACAUCUGCUCAGGAGGUUGGUGUUCGACGUGCCCAUCCUCAACGAAUAUGCAAAGAUGCCUCUUAAGCUUCUGACCAAUCACUAUGACCGCUGCUGGAAGUACUACUGCUUGCCUAACGGCUGGGCCAACUUUGGGGUGACGUCAGAAGAAGAGCUGCAUCUUUCUCGUAAACUCUUCUGGGGAAUCUUUGAGUCUUUGGCUCACAAGAAAUUUGACGCAGAGCUUUUCAAGAUCGCCAUGCCGUGCCUGUGCGGCAUCGCAGGAGCCAUCCCGCCUGACUACGUGGACGCUAGCUACUCCUCUCACACCGAGAAGAAAGCAUCUGUAGAUGCUGAGGGAAACUUUGAUCCGAAACCGGUGGAGACCACCAACACCAUAAUCCCUGAGAGGUUGGACGCCUUUAUCAACAAGUAUGCAGAGCAUACUCAUGAUAAAUGGGCGUUUGAAAAGAUUCAGAACAACUGGACCUACGGAGAGGCAUUAGACGAGAACGCCAAGACUCACCCGAUGUUAAGACCGUAUAAAACGUUUUCGGAAAAGGACAAAGAAAUCUAUCGUUGGCCCAUUAAAGAGUCCAUCAAAGCCAUGCUGGCGUGGGAGUGGACCUUGGAAAAAGCCCGAGACGGUGAAGGAGAGGUGGAGAAGAAGGCCGCUACACGGAAAAUCUCACAAACUGCUCAGGCUACUUAUGAUCCUAGUCAUGGUUACAGCCCUCAACCAAUAGACAUCACAGGAAUGGCGUUAUCCAGAGAGCUGCAGGUUUGUAUCAGAAAUGUCUCUCUUUGUCUUAAAACUUCACAAGUUGAAGAUGCUUCUUCAUUUUCUUCACAGUCAAUGGCUGAGCAGCUGGCGGAGAACUACCACAACACUUGGGGCAGGAAGAAGAAGCUGGAGCUUCAGUCCAAAGGUGGUGGGACCCAUCCUUUGCUGGUGCCUUAUGACACUCUGACUGCCAAGGAGAAGGCUAGAGACAGAGAAAAAGCCCAGGAUCUGCUCAAGUUCCUUCAGCUCAACGGAUACGCUGUGACCAGAGGCAUGAAGGACAUGGAGCAGGACAUCUCAUCCAUCGAGAAGCGCUUUGCCUAUGGAUUUUUGCAGAAACUUCUCAAAUGGAUGGACAUUGCGCAGGAGUUCAUCGCUCAUCUCGAGGCUGUGGUUAGUAGCGGUCGAGUCGAGAAGUCACCACAUGAGCAAGAGAUCAAAUUCUUUGCUAAGAUUCUCUUGCCGCUUGUGAAUCAGUAUUUCAAGAACCACUGCCUCUACUUCCUAUCCACUCCUGCUAAAGUCCUGGGAAGUGGAGGACAUUCCUCCAACAAGGAGAAGGAAAUGAUCGCCAGUAUCUUCUGUAAGUUGGCUGCUUUGGUGCGGCACAGAGUUUCUCUUUUUGGAACGGAUGCAAGCGCCGUGGUCAACUGCCUGCACAUUCUGUCCCACUCGCUGGACGCAAGAACUGUAAUGAAAUCGGGGCCUGAGAUUGUCAAAGCUGGACUGCGUCAGUUCUUUGAGAGCGCUGCUGAUGACAUUGAGAAGAUGGUAGAGAAUCUCAAACUGGGCAAGGUGUCCAGCCGCAACCAGGUGAAAGGCGUGGCCCAGAACAUCAACUACACCACGAACGCUCUGCUGCCGGUCCUCACCUCGCUGUUCGACCACAUCGCUCAGCAUCAGUUUGGAGAUGACGUCAUGAUGGACGAUUUGCAAAUUUCCUGUUAUCGGCUCAUGUGCAGCAUCUACUCGCUGGGCACUGUGAAGACACCACACGUUGAAAAGCAGCGUCCCGCUCUGGGCGAGUGUUUGGCCCACCUUGCAGCCGCCAUGCCGGUCGCCUUCCUUGAACCUGAGCUGAAUGAGUUCAAUGCAUUUUCUGUUUACACUACCAAGACUCCCCGGGAGAGAACCAUUCUGGGUCUCCCCAGCCAAGUGGAGGAGUUGUGUCCAGACAUUCCUGAGCUGGACAUCCUCAUGAAGGAAAUCCAAGACCUGGCCGAGUCGGGGGCGCGCUACACGGAAAUGCCUCACGUCAUCGAGAUCACGCUGCCUAUGCUUUGCAAUUACCUCCCGCGCUGGUGGGAGCGAGGUCUGGAGAACUUCCCCGAGUUGGAGGGCCAAAUCUGCACCUCGGUCACCUCGGAGCACCUCAACCAGCUCUUGGGGAGCAUCAUGAAGAUUGUGGUCAACAAUUUGGGCAUCGAUGAGGCCUCCUGGAUGAAAAGGUUGGCAGUAUUCGCACAACCCAUCGUGAGCAGGGCCAAACCGGAGAUGCUCAAGUCGCACUUUAUCCCCACCAUGGAGAAACUGAAGAAGCGCUCAGGCAAGGUGGUGGCUGAGGAGGACCAUCUUCGCAUGGAAGGCAAAACGGAGGUGGACAGCGAGAAUGGAACCAUCCGAGAUGAAUUUGCCGUUCUGUGCCGUGACCUCUACGCCCUCUACCCUUUGCUCAUCCGCUACGUGGACAACAACAGGGCAAGAUGGCUGACGUGCCCUGAUCCCGAUGCCGAGGAGCUCUUCAGGAUGGUGGGCGAGGUCUUCAUUUUCUGGUCCAAAUCUCACAAUUUCAAGCGUGAGGAGCAGAAUUUUGUGGUGAUGAAUGAGAUCAACAACAUGUCCUUCCUCACUGCCGACAGUAAGAGCAAGAUGAGCAAGUCUGGAGGGUCCGAGCAGGAGCGCACCAAAAAGAAACGUCGAGGGGAUCGCUACUCGGUGCAGACCUCGCUUAUUGUUGCGGCCUUGAAGAAAAUGCUUCCCAUCGGGCUCAACAUGUGCUCACCCGCGGACCAGGAGCUCAUCAACCUGGCUAAAAUCAGAUACUCGCUGAAAGACACAGAUGAAGAAGUGAGAGAAUUUUUGCACAACAAUCUCCAUCUCCAAGGCAAAGUUGAAGACCCAGCAAUGCGGUGGCAGAUGUCCCUGUACAAGGAAAUGUCCGGAAAGGCGGAAGAUGCCGAGGACCCGGAAAAGGUGGUCAAAAGGGUGCAAGAGGUGUCAGCGGUGCUUUAUCAUAUUGAGGUGACAGAGCAUCCCUUCAAGUCCAAGAAGAUGGUUUGGCAUAAGCUGCUGUCCAAACAACGCCGGCGAGCCGUGGUGGCCUGCUUCAGGAUGACGCCCCUCUACAACAUACCCACGCACCGAGCAACCAAUAUGUUUCUGGAUGCCUACAAACGCAACUGGCUGGAGACGGAGGGCUACUCCUUUGAGGACAAGAUGAUCGACGACUUAUCGAAAGCUCUGGAAGAAGAGGAAGAGGAGGAAGAAGAAACCGAGACCAAGCCCGACCCUCUUCAUCAGCUCAUUCUGCAUUUCAGUAGAACGGCUCUCACGGAGAAAACAAAACUUGACGUCGACCACCUCUAUAUGUCAUAUGCUGACAUCAUGGCAAAAAGUUGCCAUAUUGGUGAGGAUGACGAAGGGGAGGAGCAAGAGGGGGAGGAGCCAUCCUUUGAGGAAAAGGAGAUGGAGAAACAGAGGCUUCUGUAUCAGCAGUCACGUUUGCACAACAGAGGAGCUGCUGAGAUGGUGCUGCAGAUGAUAAGUGCCUGUAAAGGUGAGCCUGGCGCUAUGGUUUCGUCCACUCUCAAGCUGGGAAUCUCUAUCCUCAAUGGAGGCAACUGUGACGUGCAGCAGAGAAUGCUGGACUACCUGAAGGACAAAAAGGAUGUGGGGUUUUUCCUCAGUGUUCAAACGCUGAUGCAGACUUGCAGCGUUUUGGACCUGAACGCUUUCGAGAGGCAAAACAAGGCAGAAGGACUUGGAAUGGUGUCAGAAGAGGGCACCAAUAAGAAGCUCGAACGUGAUGAGAAAGUGAUGGCAGAUGACGAAUUCACGUGUGACCUCUUCCGCUUCCUCCAGCUUCUGUGCGAGGGUCACAAUAACGACUUCCAGAACUACCUGAGGACCCAGACAGGCAGCACCACCACCAUCAACGUCAUCAUCUGCACGGUGGACUACCUCUUACGUUUACAGGAGUCCAUCAGUGAUUUCUACUGGUACUACUCGGGCAAGGACAUCAUCGACGAGCCCGGCAAGAGGAACUUCUCCAAAGCCAUGACGGUGGCCAAGCAAGUCUUCAACAGCUUGACGGAAUACAUCCAGGGUCCGUGCACGGGUAACCAGCAAUCGUUAGCGCACAGCAGGUUGUGGGACGCCGUGGUGGGCUUCCUGCACGUCUUCGCUCAUAUGAUGAUGAAGCUAGCACAGGAUUCGAGUCAAAUCGGGCUUUUGAAGGAGCUGCUGGAUCUGCAGAAGGACAUGGUGGUGAUGCUUCUGUCUCUCCUGGAAGGCAACGUCGUGAACGGCACCAUCGCCAAGCAGAUGGUGGACAUGCUGGUAGAGUCAUCCAGCAACGUGGAAAUGAUCCUUAAGUUUUUCGACAUGUUCCUCAAACUGAAGGACAUUGUGGCAUCGGACGCCUUCCGCGACUACGUCAGCGACCCGCGCGGGCUCAUCUCCAAGAAGGACUUCUCCAAAGCCAUGGAUAGCCAGAAGCAGUACUCUCCCUCAGAAAUCCAGUUCCUGCUCUCCUGCUCGGAGGCGGAUGAGAACGAGAUGAUCAACUUUGAGGAGUUUGCCGACCGCUUCCAGGAGCCAGCCAAAGACAUCGGCUUCAACAUCGCUGUGCUCCUCACCAACCUGUCAGAGCACGUGCCGCACGACACGCGGCUGCAGAACUUCCUGGAGCAGGCAGAGAGCGUGCUCAACUACUUCCGCCCCUUCCUGGGCCGCAUCGAGAUCAUGGGCGCCAGCCGUAAGAUCGAGCGCAUCUAUUUCGAGAUCAGCGAGGCCAACCGUAACCAGUGGGAGAUGCCGCAGGUGCGCGAGUCCAAGCGCCAGUUCAUCUUCGACGUGGUCAACGAGGGCGGUGAGAGCGAGAAGAUGGAGCUCUUUGUUAACUUUUGCGAGGACACCAUCUUUGAGAUGAACAUUGCCGCUUCCAUCUCCGAGCCCGAGGGUGAAGUCGUUGAGGAGGAGGAUGACGAGGAAGAGGAAGAAGAGGCGGCUAAGGAAGGAGACUCUGGCGAAGGGGAGGACGGCAACGGUGAAGAACCUGCGCCGGAGUCGGCGUCGGCCUUCGCGGACUUCUUAGCCAGCGUGGUCAACUUCUACAAUAUGUUCACCUUCCGGAACAUGCGGCGGCGCUACCGCAAGCUGCGCAAGAUGACUGUGAAGGAGAUGGUGAUGGGUCUGGCUACCUUCGUCUACACGGUCCUGAUGGGAAUCCUCAUGUUCGUCUACGGUAUCUGCAAGGGCUUCUUCACGCUCAUUUGGAAAGCACUCUUCGGAGGAGGUCUGGUGGAAGGCGCCAAGAAGAUGACGGUGACCGAGAUCCUGGCUAGCAUGCCGGACCCGACGCAGGACGAAGUGCACGGUGACCUUCCGCCGGAGCCGGGAGCGAGGGUGGUUCAGGACUCGGACGGAGUGGCGGACUUGGACGCUGUGGGUGGAGAAGAGGAAGAGGAGGAUGGAGAAGAACGGGAAGGAGGGCGACUGCCUGGUUUCAACGCUCCUGGAGGACUCGGAGACUUUGGGGAGACAACGCCGGAAGAACCGCCCACUCCCGAAGGCACGCCGCUGCUCAAGAGGAAGCUAACUGCUGGAGGUGAAGGACAGGAAGAAGAAGGAGGAGGAGGAGGAGAAAUUGCUGUCACUGAAGAAGAAGUUCCACCAGAAACGGAGAAAGCAGACACCGAGAGCGAUGAGAAAAAGCCAGAAAAGACUGAGGCGGAGCCUGAGGUCAAAGAAGAAGAACCCGAGGAGCCUGAAGAGCCGGUGAAGACCAAGGUGAAGAAGGAGAAGAAACCAAUUGAGGAAGGCUUUGAGCUGUGGAAUGAGCUGGAAGUCCAGAGGAAUAAAUUCAUGAACUACCUCUCAAGAAACUUUUACAACCUGCGUUUCUUGGCGCUAUUCAUCGCUUUUGCACUCAACUUCAUCUUGCUCUUCUACAAGGUGUCGGACAGCCCGCCGGGCGAAGAGGACUUUGAGGGUUCCGGUCUUUUUGAAGGUGGCUCGGGACUGUUUGAAGGCUCGGGUGCCGAUGAGGAAGGAUCCGGAUUUGAAGAUGGAGGAGAUGACGACGAAGACGAGGGCCCCUUGUACUACUUCCUGGAGGAGAGCACUGGCUACAUGGAGCCUGCAUUGGCCUUCCUCAGCAUCGUUCACACCAUUAUCUCCUUUCUCUGUAUCAUCGGAUAUAAUUGCCUCAAGGUUCCUCUGGUUAUCUUUAAGAGAGAGAAGGAACUGGCCAGAAAACUGGAGUUCGAUGGCGUCUACGUGACUGAGCAGCCAGAAGACGACGAUAUUAAGGGGCAGUGGGACCGACUGGUGCUCAACACUCCAACUUUCCCUAACAACUACUGGGAUAAGUUUGUGAAAAGAAAGGUGCUGGAUAAAUAUGGGGACAUCUACGGUAGAGAGAGGAUUGCCGAACUACUUGGCAUGGACUUGGCCUCCUUGGACGUUAGUGCCAUGACACACGAUAAGAAACCGGAGCCUGACAACUCUGUGUUUAGCUGGAUAACAUCCAUUGACAUCAAGUACCAGAUCUGGAAGUUUGGUGUUGUGUUCACAGACAACACCUUCCUGUACCUGGUCUGGUACAUGCUCAUGUCUAUGCUUGGUCACUACAACAACUUCUUCUUCGCCGCUCACCUGCUGGACAUCGCAAUGGGAGUUAAAACCUUGCGCACCAUCUUAUCAUCAGUCACCCACAACGGCAAGCAGCUGAUGAUGACGGUGGGCUUACUAGCCGUGGUGGUGUACCUCUACACUGUGGUGGCCUUCAACUUCUUCCGCAAGUUCUACAACAUGAGCGAGGAUGAGGAUGAGCCCGACAUGAAGUGUGACGACAUGAUGACGUGCUAUCUUUUCCACAUGUAUGUGGGCGUGCGUGCCGGCGGAGGAAUCGGAGAUGAGAUCGAGGACCCGGCCGGAGACGAGUACGAGCUCUACCGAGUGGUCUUCGACAUCACCUUCUUCUUUUUCGUCAUCGUCAUCUUGCUGGCCAUCAUUCAGGGUUUGAUCAUUGACGCCUUCGGAGAGCUGAGAGACCAGCAGGAGCAAGUCAGGGAGGACAUGGAGACAAAGUGCUUCAUCUGCGGGAUCGGCAGCGACUACUUUGACACGACGCCGCACGGCUUUGAGACGCACACUUUAGAGGAACACAACUUGGCCAACUACAUGUUCUUCCUGAUGUAUCUCAUCAACAAGGAUGAAACAGAGCACACGGGACAGGAAUCAUAUGUGUGGAAGAUGUACCAGGAGCGCUGCUGGGACUUCUUCCCUGCCGGGGAUUGCUUCCGAAAGCAGUAUGAGGAUCAGCUGGGAUAACUCCAAGGAGAAGGAUGGGUGGACGAUUAGGAAUCCACAAGUUAAAAAUGCUAUGCACACUUUGACUGCAGCGUCCGAUUGGAUCAAAUAACACCAUCACGACACUUAGGCCUUUAUUUUAAAACGACCAUGUCCGUAGAUUGCCUUGCUUCAACACUCGCGCAGCUCGUCUACACUCCGAACUGUGCCUGAACGCAUCGUGUUCAUCAAACAGAUUGAAUGUGAGAGUGGAGAUGCUGUCUUUUAGUGCCUAGAGCAGUCACUGCUUUUUAUGUUUGUUUGUUUGUUUCUUUUUUUGUUGGUUUAGACGCGAGUGAGGAUGCUUUAUUUGUUUGAGAGAACUAGCGUGGGCUAACUCCAGUUAUGAUUUGGGACAUAUUUAAUAUUCUGUAUGAAUUAUAUUAUGUCUUCUAGGUUUACUGAUGACAAAAGGAAACAAAUCGGAAGCAAAUAAUAGUGGUUUACGUCCAGUUAACCAGUUUCAGUUUUUGUAUUCUUUUUGUAUGAUAAUUUCACUGAGCAACUUGGUAUGCCACCUUAUAUGAUGCUAAUAGUGCUCACUGGCAGAGGUGGAUAGAGUAGCCAAACUUUUUUUUACUCAAGUAACAGUAGUGUUUCAUCUAAAUAUUAUUACACAAGUAAAAGUAGCCUUCCAAAAAUUUACUCAAAUGCAAGUAAAAAAGUAUUCAUUGAAAGUAGGGCUGUCAAACGAUUAAAAUUUUUAAUCGAGUUAAUUACAGCUUAAAAAUUAAUUAAUCGCAAUUAAUCGCAAUUCAAACCAUCUAUAAAAUAUGCCAUAUUUUUCUGUAAAUUAUUUUUGGAAUGGAAAGAUAAGACACAAGACGGAUAUAUACAUUCAACAUACGGUACAUAAGGACGGUAUUUGUUUAUUAUAACAAUAAAUCAACAAAAUGGCAUUAAAAUUAUUAACAUUCUGUUAAAGCGAUCCAUAGAUAGAAAGGCUUUUAGUUCUUAAAAGAUAAAUGUUAGUACAAGUUAUAGAAAUUUUAUAUUAAAACCCAUCUUAAUGUUUUUGUUUUAUUAAAAUCUGUAAAAUUUUCAAGAAAAAAUAAACUUGUAGCCCGCUAUUGUUGAUGUCAAUAAUUACUUACACAAUGCUCAUGGGUGCUGAAGCCUAUAAAAUCAGUCGCACCCAAGCGCCAGCAGAGGGCGGCAAAACUCCAUAAAACACAAUUGACAAGUGGGCUUCACUCUACUGUCAUUUAAAUCUGUCUGAGCGGGGCAUGUGCGUUAAUUGCGUCAAAUAUUUUAACGUGAUUAAUUUAUAAAAUUAAUUACCGCCCGUUAACGCGAUAAUUUUGACAGCUCUAGUUGAAAGAAAUACUCAAGUAAUGAGUAACAUUGUGAGUAACUGCUUCCAAUGUCAGAUUUUUUUAAAUAAUGGUAUAUUUUUUUUUCACAGCACAUCUUUCUUUAUAUGAACGGUUAUGAUUAUGCUCUACUAUGACUUCAUACAUGAUCAUAUUAGGCCAAAGAGAUGACACAGAAAUCAUCAAAUUCAGACCAGGACAACACUGUAAAUGACGAAUUUUAUUAGAUGGGCACUUUCCUUUGCAAAGCUUCCAUUAAACAUCACGUGUUCAAAGAGCAUGAGUGCCCUCUAGUGGAGACGAAACAUUGUUACCUCUUAUUGGUAUAACGGAGGCAUGUGGUUAUUGUUGCGACGUCCCAUUGGUGAAACUGAGACAGUUCUGUCUGCAUCUCUGGCAAAAAUAACAUCAAUAUAUAGAAUAAAGAGGAAAAAUAUAGCGACUCUCGUGUCGUACAAAGUAGCGGAGUAAGAGUAGUGUGUCUUUUUCACAAAUCUACAGGUAGUCCCCAGGUUACAACAUACUGUAUUUUUCGGGCUAUAAGUCGCACCUGAGUAUAAGUCGCAUUUUGGGGGGAAAUUUACUUGAUAAAAUCCAACAUAUAGAACAGACAUGUCAUCUUGACAGGCAAUUUGAAAUAAAAAAUACAAUAGAGAACAACAUGCUAAAUAAGUGUACAGUAUGAUAAUGUUACAUGAUUCAUGAACAACAAAAUGCGAAUAUGGCCGGUAUGUUAACGUUACAUAGCUAUUAAGAGUUAUUUAGAUAACUGUAGCAUAAAGAACAUGCUAACAAGUUUACCAAACCAUCAGUGUCACACCAAAAUAACAUGUGAAAUGAUGUGAUAAUGUGUUAAUAAUUUCACACAUAAGUCGCACCCCCAGCCAAAUUAUGAAAAAAAAACUGCGACUUAUAGUCCGAAAAAUACGGUACUCGAUUUAGGCGAUUUCGACUUUACAACACUGGAGUCUCGUCCGCCAUUUUGUCUCAGUCGUUUUUUGUUUUUUUUGUAGUCGCAUUAACAGUACCUUAUUGUACCUCACUCACAGUAUCUUAUUUUUUAUUUUACUUUAAUAUAAUAACGUGCUCUGUCCUCACUAAACGUGAAGUUAUUCAGCUUUACAGACACUUUUGACAAUUUGUAAAGCUGUAACACAUAUACAGUGCCCUCCAUAAUUAUUGGCACCCCUGAAAAAGAUGUGUUUAUUAGCUUCUAAUAUAUAUAUAUAUUUUUUAAUUCAAAUAAUAUGGGACCUUAUUGGAAAAAAAGAAAAAUCCAACCUUCAAUACAAGUGCAUUCAUUCAGUGGGCAAAAAAUCCCAAAUGAAGAAAAAAUUAUUUGACAUCAAAUAAUGUGUGUCACAAUUAUUAGCACCCCUGGUGUUGAUACUUUGUACAACCCCCUUUUGUUAACAAAACAAGGUCUGGGGACUGAGAUGGCCAUGGGAGGAGCUUGAUUUUGUGUCUGGUGAACCAUUUCUGUGUAAAUUUGGCCAUGUGUUUAGGGUCAUUGUCUUGCUGAAAGACCCAGUGAUGACCCAUCUUCAGCUUUCGGGCAGAGGGCAACAGAUUUUGAUCUGAAAUGUCCUGGUAUUUCAAAGCUCUCAUGAUGCCAUGCACCCUAAGAAGGUUC